AUGUAUGAGUACAUGGAUGAACUACCUGCUAUUCAGUUAUCCGAUCUAAAUGAAUUUAUAACUUGUAAAUUAUGUAAAGGUUAUUUAAUUGAUGCUGUUUCGAUAACUGAAUGUCUUCAUCCAUUCUGUAAAUCUUGUAUAGUAAAGUAUUCAGAAGAAAAACGCGAAUGUCCUGUUUGCGGGAUUCUCAUCCAUCAAAGUCACCCAUUAAAUUAUAUGAGUUUUGAUCGUACUCUCCAAGAUAUUGUUUAUAAAAUUGUACCAGAUUUAAAACAAAACUUAGGCAAAGAAACUCAUGUAUUAGUCAGUAAAGAGAAUAUUACAGGUGCAGUCCCAUCUGAUUCUGAUGGACUAACUUCAAAUUUCGAUCCGGAUUAUCAUCGUAAAGAUGAACAAGUCAAUAUACAACUUGAACCGGGAUCUGAUAAUCUGGAACCAUUAACUGAGAAAUAUUUACGACUUUCAUCGAGGGCUACAGUGACACAUUUGCGAAAAUAUGUUGCACAACAAGUUCUUCAUGAUAUAUCUAAGUUUCAUGAAAUUGAUAUUUUUAUACAAAAUAAUGAAGAUGGUACUUUUCUUGGUCGCGAUCAUGUAUUGAAAUUUGUUCGUGUUGUUUAUUGGAAUGAUGUCGAACCGAUGCCACUGCAAUAUCGUUACAGCAGAAUGAUUUAUUAAAAUGAAUUAAGUUACCUUUAUUUCUAUCAUUCAAAAAAAGUUAUUUUCCCUUUUUUAUUUUUUUUCUUUUCUUUUUUAAAUUCAUAUUUACCUCUGUGUUGAUUUUAUUUCCAUGUUGUUCAUCGAUAGAUAUGUGUACAACAAUCACAGUACUACAGUAGAUCAUGUGGAAGAAACAACACCAUCGUAUAAUUGAUUUUUUAUUUGUUUUAUUCUUUAUUGUUUCCAUCUUUACGUAAAAUAAAACUAGUUAGUAAAUCUAUUGCAGUUAGUUGUAAAUUAUAGGUUUAAUAACAAAUAAUUUUAUGAUCUUUAUUGUAAAUGUAUAUAUUAUACAUAACAUGAAGUGUUCUUUUUUUACACUGUGAAUAAUAAUUUUUACAAUUUGUAAUUUAUGAUAAAUGCCUUUUAUUAUACGUGUUGUUAAUG